AUGGGAAUAGAGAAUUUACUAAAUUUUUUAAAGCCUGCUUUAGUUGAAAGAUGUAUAGCAUAUUAUCGUGGUAAAACUGCGGCUGUAGAUGCAAUGUCAUGGCUUUAUCGUGGUUGUUAUUCUUGUGCAUAAGAUUUAAAUUAAGAUAUUGAAACAAAUGAUUAUCUUUAUUAUGUUUUAAAAAUGGUAAAUAGAUAUAAGUUUAUAAUUAGUUAAUGAUGUUAAGAGAAUAUGAAAUAACACCAAUUUUAAUAUUUGAUGGUCGUAAUUUAAGAGCGAAAGAAAAGACUGAAUAGAUGAGAAAAUAAAUAAAAUAACAAAACUUAUAAAAAGGAAAAGAAUUAUAAGAAAGUGGAAAUUAAGAAGAGGCAAAAAAAUACUUUUAAAGGUGUUUAAAAAUAAGAAAGAAAAUGAUGUAUACAACAUUUGAUGUGUUGAGAGAAUAAGAUAUAAAAUAUAUUAUAGCGCCAUAUGAAGCUGAUGCUUAGAUUGCUCAUAUGUGUUUAAGUGGAUAAUGUGAUUUUGCCAUAACUGAAGAUGUAUCUAAAUUUAUUAUAUAAAUACAAGAGUGAUUUAAUUUGUUAUUAAUGUCCUUUAAUUGUUUUUAAGUUAUAAAGUAAUGGAGCAUGUUUUGAAUUAGAAUUAUCUAAACUUAAACAAUCAAGAUCAAAUAGAGCUCAUAUUAAAAAUGAUGAUGUGAGAUAAUUCUUAUCAUUUAAAGAUGAAUAAAUUAUUGAUGUAUGUAUUAUGAGUGGAUGUGAUUAUCUUCCAUCUAUUAGAGGUAUGGGAAUCAAAAAGGCUUUGAAUUUUAUGUCCAAAUAUGAUGACAUUACUAAUAUUAUACUCAAAAUCAAAAAGAAUAAAUCAUUUAAUUCAAAAAUUCCAUUUGAAUAUGAAAAAAUUGUUAAAGCAACUAGAUUAAUUUUUUAAUUUUAAACAGUUUAUUGCUCAAAUACUAAAAAAUGGAUAUCACUUAAUCAAAAUAAAUUUCAAUAGUUUCUUUCAAAUUUAUAAGAAAAUCAUUUCUUACCUCUUGAUUAAAUUUAAUAAUUAAUUGGAGAAAAAAUUAAUGAAGAUUUACAAUUUCAAUUUAGUAAUGGAGACUUAGAUAUUAAGACUUUAGUUUUUAGAGAAAAAGUUAAAAUCAAUUUUGAUUAACUCUUUAAAAGAUUUUAAAGGAGAUUUGAAAAUUCUAAAUAAUAAAUUAUUGAUAUUGAAACUAAGUAAAGAGUGUCUUAAUUUCUAUAAACUUAAGAUAUAGAAAAUCUACCAGAAUUUAUUGAAAAACCUUCCAUCAAUUUAAAAGAAUAACAAUUUUUACCACCAAAACGUUAGUAGAUUUAGAAACAAGAAUUUAAUAUAUUUUAAUUAUGUGAAGAGAUUUUUGAUUAAUAGGAUAAUAUAAUUUAAAAGAAUUAAAAUAAUAUAGAUCAUUUAGAUAUAAUGAAAGAAUAAUCAGUAGAUGAUGAUCUCUUUAAUUCAAAUCGUAAAAUCUUAUAAAAUACUAAAAUGAAUCAAAAUGAAUCAGAUUCCAAUCAAAAUUCAUCUGAACCACAGCACAAUCCAUUCUUAAUUAAAUCUAAAGUAAUAAAUACAUAAUGCUUAAGUCAAGUAUAAUUUAACUAUUAUAAUUUUAGAUAAAAAGCAAUCCUACAUUAGAUAAGUCAACUUAAAAAAAGUCAUAAGUAAAAUCUAUAGAAAAAGUACUCAAAUAAACUUAAUCAACUAUAUUUAGUUUUGUUAAAAAAUGA